UUAGGACAAUGACAACUGGCAUGGGUUCCCUACACGUGUUCAUGUAUAUAGUAACUCUUCAAUGAAUACUACAUACCCUGUCUUCAUAACAGCUGUUCAGCAGAAAGGUAUAUUGUCAUGGGAGAUGCCAUUGGUUGUAUCAACACCUCACACCUCAAUGAUCUUCACUGAUAUGGGGAGGACACUGUGCCCUCAUGACGCUGGCUCUAACAUUACAACUGUAAAUCGGCCACAAUUGCAAGUGACAACAUUCAAACCCACUGAUGUUUCUCUGGACAUCAAGGUGCACCGGGUUAAGAAUUUCUACAUAAAACUUGAUAAGUGGACAGAUUUGAAGGCGAACCCGAGCAGUCCCAAGUACUACUAUUUCUCAUUUGACAGCUCGCCGCCUACACAGACUGAACAUAAUAAUGGUACAUUGGACGAGUACUUUCCUAGAUUCAACUACUCAAUACCAAAGAGUGUGAUUCUUAUGAUAGAAUCUAACAACAGUGAUAUUUGUGCUACCGUCUCCAUACAAAACAAUUCUUGUCCAGUUUUCGAUACAGAAGAUAAUAUAUCCUAUCAAGGGUACCAUUUGACUAUGACCAGCAAGGGCGGGAUUACGCUUACUCAAUCGAUGUUUCCGGCGGGUUUCUACGUGGUAUUCAUUGUGAAUGAGAAUGACAAGGCAUGCACAGGUUCGCUUCUGCCACCGAACCUUGGGAACAGAACCAAGGACUUCAGGUUCCGUGUCAUUGCAACCAUAUCGUACAAGGAGUACGUGGUGGGCGUGCUGGUUCCGUUAGCGUUGUUCGCCCUUGUGGCACUACUCACUGUGCUCCUCGUAUUGCCGAACUAUACAUCGAGUUAUACAGUUGAGGAGAGGAUAAUAGAAUAUGAACCGGUGCCGUCUACUUCCAAUGAGCAGCGUCCACAUGUCGAAGAAACACCUGACGAAGAAUCAAGAGAACGUACAAUAGACGAUGGGUUAAUUCCCACAUGGUCGCUGACAGUCGCUGACCUCAGUACAGCACACCCAAGUACCUAUGAGCGCCGUUCAAACAGGUACUGCAUGAGCGCUCUUACCGUAGCGGUCUUCUACGUUUUGCCUGUAGUGCAGCUCUUGUACACUUACCAACAGAUGGUGUUUCAAACCGGGAAUCAAGACUUAUGUUACUACAAUUUCUUAUGCGCGCAUCCACUGGGCAUGAUGUCGGAUUUCAACCACGUGUACAGCAAUAUUAGUUAUGUGGUACUGGGCUUGGUGUUUGUGAUACAAGUCAAAGUCAGAGCCUCUAAACCCCAAGAGCUGGAUAAGGGGAUCCCACAGCACCAUGGUUUGUUUUACUCCAUGGGGCUGGUGCUAGUGAUGGAGGGUGUACUGUCAGCUUGCUACCACCUUUGUCCUAACAAGAUGAACUUUCAGUUCGAUUCGUCGUUCAUGUACGUGAUGGCAGUAUUAUGUAUGGUGAAGCUGUACCAAAACCGACAUCCCGACGUUAACGCCACUGCCCACGCCACUUUCAUUAUGCUCGCGGUCCUUAUAAUAAUCGGUCUGGUCGAGAUCUUGUACGCCAGCAUAUAUUUCUGGGUGAUAUUCACGGUGCUACACCUGUUCACUUGUCUUAUACUCACGCUUAAGAUAUAUUACGUGGGACGGUUUCGUGUUGAAUGUGCUGUGCUCUCUCGCGCUGUCACUUCGCUGCGGACUCACGGAUUACGCCGCGCGUUAAGGCCCGACAACACCGUGAGAGCCAUUCUGCUGGCCAUCGCCAAUGCGGUCAACUGGGCACUGGCGAUAUACGGUAUUGUCGAACCCAAAAAAGACAUCGCUCCCCAUCUCCUUGCCGUUCUCAUGGCAAACACCUUUGUAUACAUAAUGUUCUAUAUCGUGAUGAAGUUGGUGAACCGUGAAAGGGUGCCAAUCUACUGCUGGCUAUACCUGGCAGGUGCCAUUGGAACUUGGAUCUUUGCAUUGAAACUAUUUCUUAAUGGCAAAACCAAGUGGUCGCAAACCCCGGCGCAGUCCCGCCGUCACAACGCGGAGUGCACCAUACUACAGUUCUAUGAUUCCCAUGACGUAUGGCAUGCGGCAUCGGCAAUCGCUCUCUACCUCUCUUUCAACGCUCUGCUUACUGUCGACGAUAACGAGCGGAGGACGCCCAGGCGUUUACUAAAGGUCUUUUGAAAUAGAGCGUACUAACGUUUGUAAGGUCUAAUUUUAAUUUAAGUCAAUAUGUUGCAUAUACAAUAAUCCCCCCUCUAUAACACGGUAGAUUGGUUCCACGUUACAGGAGUUUUCCCUUAUAACGAUUUUUACCACCUGGUAUAAAGCUUUGCGUAUGUGUAUAAAUUAUUCACGUUUUGUUUUUCUGGCUGGGACUGAGUUUAAAUCGAAUAUUUAGAAUAAACUAUAUAGAGAACGAAAUAUAUACUUCUUGUUAAAAUCAAAUCAAAACUAAACUUAUGCAUAUGAACUUAAAAACUAAUUAUGAACUGUACAAAACAAAUCAACAUAAUCAACAUGAACAAUUAGUACCGAAAUAUAAUGUGUGAAAUCCCCGCGUUAUAUGGGGGAAUGCCCGUGUUAUAGGGGGAUUACUGUAUACAAUGUAACUAUCCAUUUGUAAUUAAAUAAUAUGAAACACUCUGUAAAUAUAAACUCUAAUAAUUUCCAAAUUGUAUUAAUUUUGUAAAUUUUAAUAUACUCUUUGGCUUGUUUUGUGCCGCUUUCAUGUAUCUUAGAGCUCUUGCCUUUUUAUAUAAUAAUAAUAAUUUCUACUAUUUAAAUAAAUUUAACUUAUAAAAUUAGUGUAUUUGUUAUCACAAGAUACGCCGGUCGUACAUUCCAAAUAUUAAUGAGAGGCGUAGUAUUCUAUAGUAUUUAUAUGAUGUGACACGACUGCUCAAUACUAAUUUAAUAAGUAAAAUAAAGGUAAUUCAAUGUUAUUUAUAAAUAAUAUCAUUGUUUAUAAUGCAAUGCGAAUGCAAGUACAAAAAUAAUAUACAAACUUAUACAAUGCUAAAUGUUGGUGUACGCUUGCUAUUAAAGAUCCGCUUUGUGCAAAUAACAUUAUUUUGUAAAUGAACGUAAAUUAAAAGAAACAUAUACGUUUAUAGUGAUACGACAACAAGAUUACAUUAAGAUGAUAAUGUGAUACAUCACUCGUAACUUUUUGGUGUGCUCUUUUAUUAGUGGACAAAUGAAAUCUAAUAUUAUGGUUGUAAUUAUUUAGUUAUAUUUCAAGUAAUGUAUGUUUUUUAUUUUUUUUAGAUUCAACAAUGUAGUGUUAUGUAAAUUAUUUUAAGUAGUUUAUUAUGUAUUUUAUUGACCACGCUACGUAAUAAUUUGUUAAUAUUUUUUGUAUUAUUAUAUUAUUUAGAUAUUAAAAAAGUUUAGGAAACUUUAAAACAUAAGUAUUAAAACUUCCUGUGAAAAAUCGGACUAUCUAUCACAUUAUGCUUGACACGAAUUAUUAAAAUGUAUGUAACGAUUGAUGUGGCAGCUUCAUCUACGGUUCUCUGUUCCCUACAUAGUAACUAUAUACAUCAUUGUGGGUGAAUAUAUAGAAAAUUAUUAAAUGGGAGGAUCUUACUGACAUUGACUGAAAUCUUUAAAACAACGUUAUCGCUUGAUGUUAUUAAUUACACUGUUUUCGUUUUGUAAUUAAAUUUUCUGUUGUAUAUACUAAAAUUUUAUUAUACGUAAUUAUAAUUUACAUUACGAAAAAGAAAAGUACUAACUGUAUUUACAUUGAAAUUACAAGUUUUUUUUUGUUUAUUUUUAUUAGGCAACACAGUUUUUACUAUUUCUAUAUAGUUGUUGAAUAAUAUUAUAUAGAAACUUAUCUCCUAUGAAUAUUAUGAUAUAAUCUGUUUCUGAAUUAUUAUUUAUUAAUUUAAUUACUCAUCACUUUUUUAUUUCUUAUACUAAUGAAAAUUUUAUUAUAUUUAUAUUAUCAUUAUGAAAAUAAUUAAUGUUGUUUUAAUGAUAGAUGAAAUAUGUCUUCCAUGAAUUGAUGUUAUUUUUUUAUUUUGUGUAACCAUCAAUAUAAUAUUUUGUAAUUAGACCGCUUUGUCUCGUUAACAUGUACCGUAACGUAUUACCACGUUCAGCCUGGGAUGCCUAAAGAGGGUGGGGUAUAUCAACCAAAAAUAAAUAAGAAACAAUCGUUGGGGUGUUUUAAUAAUUGCCUUCGAUAUCGAAGAUGUUCACGAUUUUAUUCAUGGCUCGUGCAUUAUAUGACAGACACAUAAGUGAGAUCGUAAUAAAAUAGUUCCAUAAUUGAAGUUUUCGUUUUUUCUAUAAAUUCAUUAUUUGGAUACUACGAACUUACGAAUUACAUAGUGAAGCAGGCUAUUAAUUUGCCACGGGUUCUAUACAAAACACGAAAGCAAAAAAAGAUGCAUGUAAUUAUAAUAUUCUAUUUACUACAUGAAAUUACUUACGUGCGUGGAUUGUCUCAUAAUUCUUAUCAAUACAAAUGACUAACGCGGACACCUACGCCGCAAUAAUCUUUAAUAACUGAAUAAUUUGUUUUCUUUAUGUAGCGUAUUUUAUAAACAAUGAUGCUGUCUUUUUAUUGAGAUAAGAGUGCAUAUGGCGAACAAAAAAAUAGUAUAUUUUGAUCUUUUUAUAGGUUGCUACCAAAGUAUCUAUGUACAUGGUAUAUACUUAUAUAGUAUUAUAUGAUUACGAUAAUCAUGGGAUUUUGUGUCCCUAAUGUUAUUAAUUUAUUCGUAUAAAAAUAAGCCUAACAAAUUCAAAUACUCCGUAUUGUAAAUCAACAUUUAAAACAUCGUUUAAAAUCAUUUAAAACGUCGAACACACUUGUAUUGUGGUACAAUAGGCCUAUCAAUUAAUGUUAUUGGUAAGGUUUGUCAAUCAUACUAAGUCACAAUGUGAUAUCGUAUAAUAAAUAAAGUAGGUAAAAGUAGUUUAAGCGCUAUAUGUAAGUAUAAAAACGGAAAAUUAACUAGUAAUUAAAAAUAGAAGGUGAAUUCAGUAAUAAGCAAUGUAUAUGUAUUACAUAUUGUCUAGAUUUAAGUAUGUUAAUUAUAACGUAAUUGUUAUUUUUGUAUUCUAAAAUAUGUUUUAAAUUAUAUAACAAUUUUUAUGC